CGGAGUUCAACCGAUCGUUGUUUGUUAUGAUGGCGAUCCCGGCGAGGAGAGCUUCUACCCUCUUGGCUGGGACGAUUUCCUGCUUUCGUGGUCUAAAUAUCAGCAGUCAUGGGGCAACGAAAGCCGUGGUUGCUACAGCUAAUACUAAUUAUUUCAAAACAUUGCCAAGUGCUGCAUCCUUCCAUACCUCUGCUAGACGCUUGGGGUUGAUGGAAUUCUUUGAUGACAAGAAGAACUGGGGUGAGCAAGAGGUGAAGGUUGGGCGUGCGUGGAAGCUGGAUGAACUUCGGAUCAAGAGCAAUGAAGACCUUCACAAGCUGUGGUAUGUGCUGCUGAAAGAGAAGAACAUGCUGUUGACCAUGGAACAUGCCUGCAAGGAAGAAUUUCAACUCUUUCCAAAUCCAGAGAGAAUAGAUAAGGUGGAAGAGAGUAUGAAGAAUCUCGAGGCAGUUGUGCAAGAAAGAAACAAAGCAUAUUGGCUUUUGGAGACCGGGGAGACUGGGGAAAGACCAGGAACCAAGGUCAAGGAUGAACUAGGUCGUUUAGUUUACAAGAGGUUCACAGAACAUGUAGUUCCAGUUUGGAUGCAUAAACAGAGCAAGGAAAGUAUGCACCAAGGAGCAGCUAUGAGGCGUUUCCAGAGGUACAUGAGAGAGAAAAGAGCAAUUGAAAGCAGAAGAUACCGAAGGCGAAUUCGCAAUCAUGUGUGUGGGCUAUUGCGCCGUUUCCCCAAUGCAAACCUGGAGUCUAUUCAAGAACAAUUCCCAGAGGUGGAUGUAGGAAGACAGCGCUUUGCAAGGAGAUCUCGAGGAAACCACAGAAAUAUAGCGUAAGAAUUUUUGUUGCCACAUUCUGAACAAGUGAGGAUGCAGAUAAUUAGAAUGAGCAGAGAUGGUAGUGAAAAAAAGCAAGGGUGUUACUUGUUAAAAAUGGACUUUUUCUGUAAAGUGACUAUUUCUUGUUUCUAUAUGAUGGAAGUGUAUAUAAUAUGAAAAGAAUAAAAUGAUAAUUGAAAUACUA